GCCCAACAGGACAGUGAACCUGCUGCCAGACAACAUGAGAGCUCUCGUCCUGCUUGUGUGUUUAGUAGUAGGCUGCUUGGCUCAGAAACCUCAGCCAUGCUCCUCCCCAACACUGAUGACUGGUUCUUUCAUUCUGGCCUCCCAAAAAGGGAUGCUGACGGCAAAUGUCAACUACACCUAUGAUGCACUGGGAGAGCGCAUCCGCCUACAAGAGGUUGGAGACUACAACAAUGAAACUUUUCAAUUUGAUGCCAUCCUGCUCUACAAACAGGGCAUCAUGUACAAGCUGAACUACAAGAACAGCACAUGCAGCAAGGAGNGUCUGGGAAUACACUUCCACCCUCUGAUGAUCCCAAAGAACUCAACUUUUAUAGGUCAAGCUGUGCUCGGCAGCUCCGUCGGCAUUGGACAGGGGCUCCGGGUCAACACUUGGGCUGGAGAGCUGAACCUGGGGAACUCAACAGCAACGUACUUGACCACCGUCACUGAGAUUGGUUGUAUCCCCAUCAGCUCACUAUUUAAUACCGAUGACAGUGCAUGGGUCGCGACCAGCUUCUUCAACAACAUCGUUGGGAUCGCAGACCCUCAGCAUUUCACCCCACCGCCUUUCUGUAACGGUGCCAAACUGGAGAAGGAGAAUGAGGAGGAGGAGGCUCUGAUCAGCUUCUUCAGUUUGUUUUAAAGGCUUUCAGGAUUGUGGUACAAUGUACACAAAUGUGCAAUUUUCCAUUCUUAGGAGCUUUCCUUGGUGAAAAUGAGUCUCUAAAUGAGCUGAAAGUGGAAGAAAUAUGUCACUCUCCAGCAAAUCAGUUAAAUCUAACUUAUGAAUCAUUGGGUGUUGAUUUUUCUCCUGGUGUGCAAAUUAUAAAAUAAAGCAUUGAUAAAUUGA